AUGGCAUCCGACCUUAACUUUGAACUGUCAAAGAAAACUCACAUCUUUCACCUUAAGGUGUGGGUUUUAAUAGCCAUCUUUGUGGGCUUGUUCCUUGUGUUUAUUGUUUUGGUUCUGCCAUUUUGUCUAUCACGUAAAAGAUCAAAAAGGGGUAGUGCUACUCUUCAAAUUAGCCAAAUUCCCAAGGUGUCAAAGGAAAUUAAAGAGAUCAAGGUUGACCAAUAUUCUGCCAAAAAUUAUGCUGCUCCUGAUAUUGAUUUCCUUACCCUUCAGGACAAGUUUAGUGAUAAAGAUUCAGACAAGCUUCUUAGCAGUGAAAAGGCCAUGAGUGCUGAUAAUAGCAGUCAAUAUGAUUCCUUUACUAAUUUGGAGAAAGAAGGUGUCGCAUGUGAGUCAGGGGAAAAGGGAGGUGCUGGAGCAAUAUAUAAUUCACAUCCAGUGGCUGUUUCUUCCCUUUUAUCAGGUCUUCCUGAGUUUGCUCACCUUGGUUGGGGUCAUUGGUUUACGCUUAGGGACCUUGAAGUUGCAACCAACAGAUUUUCCAAGGAAAAUGUUAUUGGUGAGGGUGGAUAUGGAGUUGUUUAUCGUGGCCGACUGAUAAAUGGCUUUCUUGUUGCUGUUAAAAAAAUCCUCAACAAUAUAGGGCAAGCAAAGAAGGAAUUCAGGGUUGAAGUUGAGGCUAUUGGUCAUGUCCACCAAAAAAAUUUAGUUCGACUUCUGGGUUACUGUAUUGAAGGAACUCACAGGUUGUUGAUAGAUGAAUAUGUAAACAAUGGAAAUCUAGAACAAUGGCUUCGUGGAGCCCUGAGCCAUCAUGGUUAUCUUACUUGGGAGGCUAGUAUGAAAGUUUUAGCAGGCACUGUAAAAGCAUAUGCUUCUUGCACUCUUGCAUAUUUGCACGAGGCAAUUGAGCCCAAAAUGGUGCAUCGAGAUAUAAAGUCAAGCAAUAUACUCAUUGAUGAUGACUUCAAUGCUAAACUAUCUAAUUUUGGUCUGGCUAAGUUGCUCGGUUCUGGAAAAAGUCACAUUACAACCAAAGUCAUGGGUACCUUUGGAUGGGUAUUUAUAUCAGCACCUGAAUAUGCAAAUAGUGGCCUCCUAAACGUGAAGUGUGAUGUUUAUAGCUUUGGGGUUGUGCUUUUGGAAGCCAUUACCGGAAGAGAUCCUGUGGAUUAUGGUCGCCUUUUGCAUCAUGUGAACUUAGUUGACUGGCUCAAGGUGAUGGUCGGGAGCAGAUGCUUUGAGGAAGUUGUUGACCUCACAAUUGAGACCAAGCCACCUACAACAGCCCUCAAACGAGCUCUUUUGGCCGUUUUAAUAUGUGUUGAUCCUGAUGCUGAAAAGAUACCCAUUAUGAGUCAAGUUGCUCGCAUUCUUGAAUCAGAAGAGUAUCCAGUAUCACGAAAGGGGUCUGGUUUGAACUUUCAAAAGCUGAAUCUGUUUUUCUUUUGGAUAUCCUUUGCUGUAUAG